AUGUUCCUGACCACUGGAGCGCGAGCCCUUCGACGAUUCGCCUCAGGAUCUUCAUCGGUUGCCCGGUCACGCACUUGGACGUCAGUGACGACUGCAAAGGAUGGCUUGAAGGUCCAUAGUCUGAACGAUACCGUCUUUCCCUACGUCUGGCUCCGGGAUUCAUGUCAAGGCCCGGAAUCUGUGCACCCAUCCAACAGGCAGAAGCUACAUCGUAGCUCGGAUAUCCCUCUCGAUAUCAAGCCUGUGGAGGUAAAGGAGGGGGAGUCCUUCGCGGCUGGUCGACCUUCAGCUGGCGUCAAGGUGGCGGAAGAGGGCAUCGAGAUUCGCUGGGUGGAUGGUCGCACUUCGUUCUUCCAUCGAGAUUUCUUGAAGACUCAUGCAUCGACGUCGGCUCUGUAUGCUUCGCAUCUUGUUGAAUACACCUCACCUACGCCAUGGACUCUGGAAACUGUGACGAAGACUCCCAGCUUGUUCGUGCCGUACGAGUCGUUGCAGGAGACGAGGGGUCUGGUGGGGGCUAUGACGCAGUUGUUGAAGUACGGGUUGGUGUUUGUGACGGGGGUUCCUACGGAGGGGAAGACGAAUGACGAGUGUGAAUUGAAGAAGCUGGCGAACAGGUUUGGAGAGAUCAGGGAGACGUUCUAUGGCGAGCUGUGGGAUGUGAUCAACAUCAAUAAUAGCAAGAAUAUUGCCUAUACCAACUUGGAUCUUGGGUUACAUAUGGAUCUGCUAUACUUCCAACAUCCUCCUCGAUUCCAGGCGCUUCACUGUCUCCGUAACCGAGUUAUCGGUGGGACGUCCGUCUUUGUGGACGCGCUACAGGCCUCACAUGCGCUGUUCCAUGCCAAUCGAGAACACUUCGACCUUCUGACAAGGACGCCAGUUGCUUUCCAAUAUGUCAAUGAUGGACAUCAUCUCUAUAUGCAACACCCUACGAUCCAACUCGAAGAUGCACGAGACAUCCACUCGUACUCGACUUCAUCGGCUGUUCCACCACCCAUCUCGCACAUAAAUUACUCUCCGCCAUUCCAGGGCCCCUUGCCUCUCAACACCCCUCGGGAAUUUUUCCCCGCUCUCAAGCACUUCAGCGAUAUCCUCAAUGAUCCCAAAAAUACCUACACUUAUACCCUGAGGGAAGGAGACUGCGUUCUGUUUGACAAUAGACGGGUUUUGCAUGCUCGAACGGCGUUUGAGGAGAAGACGGGUAAUGAUAGGGAGGAGGGAUUGAAGUUUGGAAGUGGGGAUGCUACGACGAAUAGGUGGCUCAAGGGGUGCUAUCUCGAGGCUGACGCGGUUGCGGAUAGGAUGCGGGUUGGUCGUACAAAACUUGGGCUGCUGUGA